AUCAACAAGAGGAUGCUACACAGUAGAAAGGAUACAGACACUGACGCGCCGCGUAGCUUAGAGAGCCACUCAUCAUCAACAGCCCUGAACCCUAACGGCAAUCAACUCUUCCGAGAGCAGCAUCCCGAAUGAUGGCAUUCUGACUCAAGAACAAGCCGAGACAUCUACAACGUUACGGAGUCCCCCACACAAGCCGCGUCUGCCAAUCCACCUCCGCGCAUGACAUUAAUUCUCAUCUCAACCACCAUGCCUCGUCUAUCCAGCAAAGCUGGCCAGAAGGCAAGCCGCGGCUCGCCGUGUCUCAUUGACAGGCACCACCAGCCCAUACCGCAGGCUUCCCGGGUAUUUUUCAUCUCCGAGCUUCUCGAAACAAUCUUCCUGAAUCUGGACAUGCAGACAUUACUCCUGUCCCGCCGGGUCUGCCGCACAUGGAACGAGGUCAUCCGAACCUCCCGCAAGCUUCAACAAGCGCUAUUCUACAUCCCCGAUCCCACCAUUCCAGCCGAACAGGGCCGCCACAACCCACUUCUCAUCGACAAACUCUGGUUCAAUUUCCCCGGAGCCCCCAUGGGCAUGCGAGACGGGAUGCACCUUGCCGUCUACGAAGUGUACCGAGACUCCCUGUUUAUGCCGAGGACGCCGAGAAACCGGGGGAGGGAGGAGGCAUACCGACGUCCCGAGGCGAGCUGGCGCCGCAUGCUUCUCCGGCAGCCUCCCACCUCCCGCGUCUUCUUCUGGGACCCCGAAACUUCCUACCGAGACGCGGGCGAGGUUUCCGAACAG